GUUUUGUUUGAUGAGCUGAAAAUGCACGGGCCCUCUGCUUUUAUUUUGAAAAUCCAACCGGAUUCUACGCGCGGAUGUAGCUGCCUAGCUUGACACCGGUAGACACUUCACUCCCUCCAUUCAUUUCACCCGCACACAGUCGCAUCCUAGCAGCGAGCCCUCCCCUCCCGUUCCUCUCCGCCUGGAAAGAUGGCUGCUCCGGCGCUGGUGAGAAGCUCCGGCCCGGCGCUCUGCCCGAGCUUCGCGGAGGUCUGCUCGUUCCUGGAGCGAUACGGAGCGGCGCUGGAUCUGCCCGAGAUGACUUUCCCGCAGAUGGAGAGGUAUCUGCGGGACACGACGGCAGUCCCUAAACCUCUUGUGGAGCUCCACGUGAAGCUGCUCAGAAAACUGGGGAGGUCUGUGUCGACCGACCGCUGGGAAAAAUACCUGGCUAAGGUUUGCCAGGAGCUGAACAGUACCUGGGCAUGGGAGCUGGAACAGAAGGGCUACCAGGAGAUGUCCAUGGAGUGCAAGUCGAGCAUCCUCAAAUAUCUCUGCGAGUGCCAGUUUGACGACAACCUGAAGUUCAAGAUGGCGAUCAACGAGGAGGACCCGGAGAAGAUGCGUCUGCAGCCCAUCGGUCGGGACCGGCAGGGUUUGAUGUACUGGCUGCAGCUGGACCAGGAGCAGAACAUCCGGCUGUACACGGAGGAGCAGGACGAUCUGGACGGGUCCACCUGGAAGUGCAUCGUCAGGACUCGUAACGACUUGGCCGAGGCUCUGGAGCUGCUGAAGGCUCAGAUCGAUCCAAACCAGAGUCAGGACCGGGACCAGAACCAGGCUGGAUCCAGGAGCACCAGCCCCACAGAGAAAAACGCAGGGGAUGGAGCCAUAGGAAGCACCAUCUCUGAACCCUCCAAGACCACAGAGGAACAAACUGAGAGUAAGAAGGUCGACCCUGUAAAGGAGGAGAAGCCUCUGAGACAAGGUAACAACGUUUUAAAACAGAUUUUAAAUCAGUAAAAUCUGAUAGAUGAACGUGGUGUUGAGGUAAAAGAAGACAAGACGGACCACAAACCGCCCGCGUUCGAUAACCGCGUGAGCACGAUCACCUCCAUCGUCAAAUCAGAAUCCAGGGAUGCCGACGCCCCCAAGAACGCCGUGUCGGUCGUCAUGGCACCAGGUGCAGCUGCGACAAAACAGGAAGUGAACAAGGAAGAGGAAGCAGGGCGGGCGGUCGUCAGGAGCAACCAGCAGGCCAAGAUACCACUGAAGAAGAGGGAGCUAAAGCUCGCAGAGAGCUACCACAGCAACCACCUCAACAACAACAGCAGCAGCAGCAUUAUUGUCUGUAACCCCUCAGUGAUCCAGAGCAAAGACAGUCAUGGGAGAGAGGGGACGUUACUGAACUCAUUAGCGCCCCCUGGUGGUCCGGCUGCCUCGCAGCAGCAGCAGCAGCAGCAGCUGGUGGUCACUGCAUCGAGGCAAGAGCUGACCAACGGCAGAGCGUCGCUCCUCCUGCCUCACAAAGAGGGACAAAAUGGAGUCAUAGGAGUCAUAGGUCAGGUGGGUGUUGUGGGUCAUGUAGGGGUCAUCCGCAGCCCGUCCGAGCGUCACAGAGCCCCCGGUGCCGAGCAGCAGGAACAAAACGGGCCGAGUUUGGACCACCGGGGCUCCAGAGCUGUGGAGGAAGAGAGGGAGGUGAGUCGGCAGUCGGUGCUGGUGAGGAAGGGACCGAUCGAAGGAGAGACGGCGGCAGCAGCCGCCACCGCUCUUCCUCCUCAAACAGCCAGGAAACUAACGCUGUUACCCCCCAAAUCUGAUCCACCCCCUGAGGCUGCAGAGAGAAAAGUGGACUCUGUUUGUGUCCCUUCGCUGUCUCAGUCCACAGAGGAACCCAAGAGACAGACGACAGAGGACAGGGAUAAAAAAACGACAGAGGAACAGACAAAAACUGGACACUGCAGCCGUCAACAGAGAAACGACGACGUGGACGAGAGGGAGGAGACGAGAGGUGAGGUGUCCGGGCGCUCUGCGGCAGAGGAAGGAAGCAAAGACGACCAUGAAAAGAAUAAAAGCACUUUAGGGAAGGUGGAGGCAGAAACAGGAGCCGCUGUUCCACCACUGAAAGUAGAACAUAAAGAUGAGAAGGAACACCAGGGAGACGGGGUCAAUGGUGGACUGGUGGCCCAGGUUAGAGUCAAGGACGCUGGGCUUGGAGCAGAGGAGAGGCAGGGUCCUCUGGAGGAGGCGUCCUCUGAGAUCCAGAAAGAAGGAAUCAGGCUGAAGAUAAAGAUUCCUCCCCACAGGAGGAACAAGUUAAAGGGGAAAGGGGGAAAGGAGGAGGAGAAAGAGAGGGAGCAGGAGAAGGAGCAGGAGGUGCAGGAGGAGGGAAGACCACUGAGGAGAUCUGCAAGGAUUUGCAGGCCGAGCUCGAAAGCAGCCGAGAGCCAGAGAAAGAAACCGCAGAGAAAGCAGGCGCUGCCUCCCAGAACGAGGGGAGAGGAGGAGGAGGAGGACGACGAACAGGAGGAGGAGGAGGACGAGGAGCAGAGCUCAGCCACAAAGAAAGACGUAAAAGCAGAACCUGCCGGGCAAAUCAGGAAACGCAGGGGUAAACGGAGGCAUCGAUGCCCCCGGUGGUCCAACAUGCGCUGGAAGAGGCGUAAACUUAACGAAGGAGGGGAGGCGGAGGACAGAGGGAGGAAGCGAGGGGAGGAGGAGAGCGAAGGAGGGAGCGACUCGGAGGAAUCCUGUAAAUCAGAGGAGAUUCCCAGCGAGGACGCCUGCACUCACUGUGGCCUGCCCAACCACCCCGAGCUGAUCCUGCUGUGUGACUCCUGUGACAGUGGAUACCACACCGCCUGUCUGCGCCCGCCGCUCAUGUUGAUCCCAGACGGAGAGUGGUUCUGUCCUCCCUGCCAACACAAGCUGCUGUGUGAGAAGCUGGAGGAGCAGCUGCAGAAUCUGGACAGUGCUCUGAAGAAGAAAGAGCGAGCAGAGAGGAGGAGGGAGCGGCUGGUGUACGUGGGGAUCAGCGUGGAGAACAUCAUUCCUGAGGGAGAUGAGGAGGAAGAGGAGAAGUCGGCCAAGAAGAAAGAUUCCAAAAAGAGUAAAAAUCUGGGGCGGAGGUCGACCAGAACCAGGAAACACAUCAGCUACAGGUUUGACGACUUUGACGAUGCCAUCGAUGAGGCUAUAGAGGAGGACAUCAGAGACCUCUGUGGUGGAGCGGGGCGGGGCAGAGACAUCACCGCCAUCCUGUCAGAGGACGGGAAGGAGAGCCAGCGGCCAAUCAGAAGCCAGGCUCACUCUGCCAGGAACAGGAAGAAGCGGCGACUGAACGACCUGGAGAGUGACAGCACGGCAGCAGAGAGCGAGGACGAGUUCAUGCUCAGCAACAGCUCGGAGGACGAAGAUUUCGGUGCGUCGGGUGCGGAUGAAGAGGAGGAGGAGGAUGAAGAUGCUGGCAGCGAGGUGGGCAGCUGGGACAGCGGGACCCGACCCAGACGGGCGCCGAGAGGCGUGCCCAAACACCGGCCCGGCAAGACCCAGCGGCGGGGCAGGAAACGGCUGAGACGGCGGCGGAGACGCUCGUCAGAGGAGGAGGAGGAGGAGAGCGACGAAGAGAUGGACUCGGAUCAGUUCAGCGACAUGACGGACAGCGACGCUGACAAAAAGAGGCGGGGUCUGAGGCGGGGCCAGCGGCAGCAGGUCAACUACCGCGAGACGUCCGAGUCGUCGGACAACUCCCGCACCUCCGCCAACAGGAACAAGGUCAAACCCCGCGGCAGGCCGCGCAAGGAGCAUCUCUCCAGCGACUACAGCGAUGCGUCGCCUUCUUCCAGAGACUCGGAGGAGGAGGACGGCUAUGAGGACGAGGAGGAAGACGACCGGAGACGGAGAGGGAGCAGGAGGAGACGAGAGGAGGAAGACCUGCGGAGGAACAGGAUGAGAGAGAAGCGGAGGAGAUACGAGGACGAGGAGGACGAGGAGGACGACAGGGAGAGAGGGAGGCGGCUGAAGAGGAAGCUGUUGGACAAGGAGGAGGACAGAGACAAGAGGAGGAGGUUAAAGAGGACAGACAGAGAAGAGGAGGACCUGGAGAAGAUGGGCAGGGGGAAGAGGAGGGAGAUCCUGUCGCAGCAGCGCCGCAAACGACUCGCUCUGAUGCUGAAGAAACGACGGCCUUCGACGGACGAGGAGGACGACGAGGAGGAGUCGGAGGAAACGGAGUCGUCGUCAGAGGAGGACCGCCCGGUCCGCAAAAGACUCAACCGCAUCGACUCUGAUGACGAUGAGGAAGACGAGGAGGAGGAGGAGGAGGAGGAGGAGGGAAGGCAGAAGACGACGACCAAGAAGUCUUCAGCGGUGGAGAGGAGGGCCGACGGCGACGCUCAGGAAAAGGGAAGGGGCCGCAGCCUGUCUCCGACAAACAGACAUCGGACCUCCAGAGGCCCGGUGAAGCCUGGGGCCGGGAGUCCCGCUACGCCCAGGGACAGUGCAGGAUCAGGCAGGCAGGGCAGGCACAACGGCCCCUUCCAUCCUGACGAGGAGGAGGAGGAAGGAAGGAAUGAGGAGGAGGAGGAGGAGGAGGAGGAGGAGGAGGGCCAGACAGACUCAUUAAACUCAGUCCAGAACAGUCCACAGUCAUGAUGGCUGUGUUUGUGUGAAUAACGCUCGCUUCUUUCUUUCUGUUGUUUCUUUUUAACUGUCAGGCCUUUCACCCACAGCACCACCUCUCCACCUGGAGAUCUCCCCCCCUCCCCCCUCCUCCCUCCUCCUCCUCCUCGCUGUCGUAUCGUGGUACAGUGCUAUCCACCGUCACACGCUGUUCGUCACAGCAGGAGACUCACAACUUCAUUCACUCACACUCACGUCUGACAGAUCGUUAACAGCAAGCGAACCGGACCAAAAGCACUUCCUGUUUCACGCAGCCGGAGGUUAUCGCGACCCCCCCCCCCCCGAACUCUUUCCCCCACCCCGAGUCACGGACGUCUUUCUGCUGGGUCCACGAGACCAGGAUAACGACGCUUUCAUCCCACUGAGACCUGACGGAUUUGGACACAGGAGUCUGUUUGUAGUGUACCUCGUCCUGAAGCACUUCAUCAUUCUCAUAGCACUUAAUAAACCCGCCGCCGCCGAAGGAGAGCGCCGGGGUCAAACUGAACACUUUGGAUCAGGUGUAGAGAAACAACACGGCCACUAAAUUACAGGAAGUCUGUUGGUGUCUACCCACAAACCCCCCUCCCUCUCUAAAAACCUAAAAAAUAAUCCUGUAAAAACACAUUUUCAGCACAAACUAAACAACUCACCCUCACAGUUUUCAGGUUGUAGCAGAAACUUCAAAAACCUGCAAAAGUAAAAAGUAAGAAAGCUUUGGUCAACAGCGUCCAGCAGUAACGGUGCGUUCAAGUGCCCCUCGUCAGUUUGUAACGUCAAACAUUUUAGAUUUUUAACCUUUUAAAGGACAGUGCAUCAAUCUGUGACUAUUUUUACAACAUAUUUAUCAUUUUUUGAGGCAGAAACACCAGGAGCUUUGUUUAAUUUGACGGUAACUAAAGUUUUUGGUUUUGAAGAGUUGUUCAGACGUCACGUCAGGAUUUAGGAAGUUUUUAAAAAUUAUAUUUCACUUUUUUCCCAUAUUUUAUAGACUAAACAGUUACUCAACUGUCUGAGAAAUUGAAAGUUGAGGCAGCCAUUGUGAUAUAAGCCUUGUAAAAAACAAAAGUCAGACUCAUUUAAACUCCUGUAAAAGUCUCUGCAGGAGGAGACGAGUGUUCAGUUUCAGCCUGGUCGUCGCUCUGCGCGGUGGGAACACGUUUGCUGUACAUAACUCUGCCUGUACGCUGUUCCUUGUAAGAUAAUAGAUGUUCUGUUCUUAGUCCUCUUGUAAAAUAUAGUGUUAUAUUUUCUAUAUGAAGGAGAGGAGUUGAGAUGCUGCUGGGGUGGAGGGGGAGGGGAGGGGGAGAUGUUUGGAUGGAUGGGAGGCGGGGGUGGGGGGUGGGGGUUCAUCAUCAGCAGCAGUUGAUUUGUGCGAAACCAGACCAGCGUGGAGUUCACCAGAAAACAAACCAUCAGAUGUGUUUAACUCUCAGCCCUGUGUUGUACAUGUUCGAAAGGUUUUUAACGUUUCCUGUCCCCCGGGAGUUUUAGCUUUAUUUUAUUUUAUUUUAUUUUUGAUUGUGAGGCUCAGGGGAGGAAAAACAAAAACAAAACAAAAACGAACGCUGGUCACCAAUCAAACGUUUGUUUUCUCCACCAGCCAUCUCAGCUUCUCGGCACUGUAAAGAUUUACACUCGUCUGAAACUGUUUUAAAUAAUAUCUCCGGGGCUGUCGGUGUCUUUGUCGGGCAGAGUGGAAGAAUUCCUUUAACUUCACGCAGUCAAAUCACUGUUCGGGCUUUAAAUGAGUUUUAUCCUGCUGUUCACAUUAAACCCAAUGAUCCCAGUUUGAAGGCAGAAAGUUGUCGCAGAUGUUUCUUCUGGGCCUGUGUUUAUCAAAACCUCUGAGAACAAUCUGCUUCAAACCAACUUUAAGAGCGUUUUUAUGUCAAAAUGCAGCUUUUGCUGAGCAUAUUUACCCACAAUCCCCUGCUUCAGAACCAGGAAGUGCUGUCGCUCUAACAAACACCAAACUCCAUUAACAAAACUUGAUAUUUUAAAGUUUCCUGGCUGGAUGUCAGAGAUGAACGCUGCUUUUUAAUGACUUCUCAGUCUUUUUAACUGAACUACAGUUCAGCUUCACUCUGAACUCUCUGAGUCUGAUUCCAGCAGUUUAAGCUGCUGACUAUCACUCAGUUAGAGGGAGAUGGUAGCUGAAGAACCAGAGUCACACUGAGUGAGAUCAGGUGUUCAGAGGCUCCAUUCUCCCUGUAACACGUCAGUGAACCAGCAGGUAAAACAGUCACAUUAAGUUGAUUUAAGUCCAAAAUGUCAUUUUUAGCAGUUUGAUAAACACAGGCCCAGAGUCCAACUUUCUCCUGGAUUCAGAUCUGAUUUUCUCUGAAGCUCUGUCUUUAAAAAACAGCCAGUAAUUUAACUUUCAGGAGCGAGAAACACUUUGGUUUUUAUUCUGGAAAUGCAACAGUUUCUCUUGUUUUUUUGGUCACAAAACAAAACACACUACUGAAACUCUUCGUACAGUAAAAACUCUGAUUCCAGGUGUUUUCUCUGCAUCAGACUGAUCAAGUUUCUGUCGCUUGUCGGAGAAAAUAAAAUCUUGAAAUCAAAAAAAAAAACCUGUUGAUGCACAUGAAGAGAAACCACCAGAGAAGAGUCACUAGUUUCUGUAGCUGUGAGAGUUUCACCACUGAACUUAUUUACGACAAAUGUUCUUUGACAUUAUCCUUUAUAAUCACUUUAAAGAGCAUCCUGUAAUGAUUAAAAAAACACAAAUCAUGUCUGUAUGAGUCAGAUUAUGUUCAUGGUUUAUAUUUAGCUCAUUAAAAACAUCAGUAAAUCAUCAGAACCAGAUGAUCUGUGCUUCAGAAUCUCAGUUUUCUUCUUUCUACCCUUAAAUCGAUGAUUAUGUGAACUGGGUUUGGUGCGAGCUCGGUGGUUAAUUUACUAAAAUGUUCUUUCAGGUACUUUCCUGCGCUCAUGUUAUCCUCGAGAUCUCAUUACAAAUACAACACAACAGCAGUUAUUUCAUUUCCUGUUUCAGCCCCUCAAGUUCAGACUGAGGUAAAACCAAUAUUUUUAUAAUGUUUUUUUUUUUUAACCUUUUUUUCUCGUCAUGGUGGAAAAUGUUGACGUGCGUCUGCAUUUUUAAAAUGUUCAAUAAAACUAAUCUGGAUUCACUCAGAACAGGCGCCUCUGGAUGUGACCGCAGCUCCUUCCAUUUCUCUGUUGUACUGUUACUGUAGUUAUCGCUGUAACAUAAAUGUUUUCUAAGUUAUUAAAACCAACAUCCCAGGCAUCUCCUCAAACACA